AUGUCUGAAGUCAAUGUCGCGGCAGUCCUCUACCCCAAGUCAGAGAAAUUUGACGAGGUUGCCGCGCUCGUCACCGAGGUCACGAACAAGGUGCAGGAGCGCGAACCAGACACCCUGCUCUACUUUGCGAUCAAAGUGCAGAACAGUACCGAGAUUGUCAUCGUCGAGAGAUAUAAGAAUCAAGCUGCCAUCAAAGCACAUAUGAAGGCUCCCUACUUUUGCGACUUCUCCGCCAAGCUUCCCGAGUUAUUGGCUAAGCCGGUGGAGCUACGGUCAGGUGGAUUUCUGAAUGGCCUGCCAGGGGUGUCACGGUUGUAG